AUGGCUGUCUCAUCAAAACACACAUACGGCCAGCUCUUGUCACGAUACCGAAAGAACCGAAUCGACUCAUGGAUUAAAAAUCUACCGUACGACUGGCAAUUAGACAGCGCAAACACAGCGCCUCUAGCUCCUGCGGCGGUAUAUGAAGAUUGGCUUGAUUGGGCAAAGCCCAGAGCCCUCUCAUGGCUCGCUAGACUGGACAAAUACGAAAGGCGGUUUCGUAUCGCUGGAGUUGCCUACCACAAGGUUCCGUAUGCCCUCCGACGCUCAACUUCUACUUGUAGCUCGAAAAAGGUCGAGCAGACCGUGUGUUCACGGCUCGGCCAAAUGUUCGAAAUUGGCCGCCCGCGCUCUGAAGAGCCGUUCUUUCACCCAUGGGACGAAAUCUUCGACGCUGCCUAUGUAGUAUUGCAGAAAUGGGUAUUAUCAAGAGGCACUACUCCAGAGAACAUCGAUCAACUUCGCGAGCUGGAAGCUGAAUGUGAGCUCACGCUUUCUCAACUGGCGAAACCACUCCGUAAUCUGGAGGCUGGACUGGUAUGGGUGGAGGAGCAAGUAGCGAAGCUCGCCGAGCGCUCUGACCUUGAUGGAACUGAGAUGCUGGCUGCUAAACACAGCCGCGAGGGUAACAUGUUUCGGAUGUGGGUACAGACCUUUUUGGAAAUUGAGCAUGGGGUGGUGAAGUCAAAAUCUGCGUAUACGGAGGCUUUCGUGGAUGGCGCAGUGGAAGACAAGGAAAUAGCGAAGGACCCGUACUGGACUAUGUUGGCGGUUGCUGGAGGCGAGGGGGCGAAGUUUCACAGCGCUGUUUGCUAUCAAGCCGAAGCGGCUGCCAAGAAAGCCCGCACCGGUAUCCAAGAGCUUGUCGAGCGCGCUGAUAGUCUUCUCAAUCUAUGCAACGCCUUAGAAGAUCGCUAUAGAGAAGUCGGAGUCACCUUCCACAAAACCCAGCGCGCAGCCCGCAUCGCCAUGGAAAACAGUGAAAACUGGAGUGAAAGUCGUUACACAGCCCUCGAAAAGGCCUUCCUUCUCGAAAGCUACGAAGAGAUCUUCGCACCUCUCGUGGCCUUGGUCAAGCGACUCACCGAGCUUCGUACAAAGGUGCAGCAUAUCCCAUCAUCGACCGAGGCCCACCACCUCUUAUUUGCGCUGGAGUUCACGUUGCUUCCUAGAAUGAAUGUAUUGGUCUCGGAAUAUGAGACGUUCUCGAAUAAGCUAUGUAACCUCGAACAAGACGUCUAUCAACUGGAUGUGUUCAAUAGGCAGCAUUUCCAGGUCAACGAACUGGGCGAGCGUUGCGCUUGGUAUGAUCCCGUGUUGGAUAUAGCCAAUAGCAAAAGAACCGUGCGGAGCCGUGACGGCGAGUAUGUGUUGUUCGCCGAUUGGGUUUAUAGUUUACCUGAAGCGCGACGUGCCCUGGGGGUUCAAAUUGAGAUAGACGGGCUGUAUGCAUCUUGUACUCUCUUUGCGGAUAGGCUAUUUGUUUAUUCGGUCGAUUUGAUUUGGCAUGCAAAUGAGGGGGUUGUUGUUGGGGGUGCGGAGUAG